AUGGCACCGGACGCAGCAUUUUCAAACCUCAGUGACAAGAACGAAUUUACUAAGUUCACUAGAUUCCUCGCCUAUAAAGGCGUUCAGGUCAUAGUAGAAUCUAGGAAAGGGGUAAAAAUUGAGCUGAGCAGUAAGCCACUAACUUCUGACUCUGAUUGGUUCAAUCUCCAAAUACCAGACUCGCCAGAAGUCAACCAAGCUACCAAAAACGCUCUGCCAUCAGACAGAGUACUUGAAACUAUACGAUCCCAGUUGCAUGUUGAAAUAUCAGUGCAAACUGAAGAUGGUGAUGAAAUGGUACUCGAGCUGUGGACUUUGGGACUUGAUGAGACACAAUUUGAUACCUCUCUCAAAGCAAUGAACACUGUUUAUUUCCGAAUGGGCAUACUUUUAAAGUCCUUGAUAACUAUCACAAGGAUAACGCCAGCCUAUCAUUUAUCACGAAAACAACGAAUGGAAUCUUUCACUAUAUUCUAUAGGGUAUAUAAUGGAGAACCUAAAAUUAAAUCAUUAGGAGAUUCUGUGAAAAACAUCCAAGCUGGAACUCUUAAAACUCCUCUAGGAGGCCUAUGUUUUUCCGUUGCUUACAGAACCAACUUCUCAAUAUCACCUAAUCGAACAGAUAAAAGUAAGACCUUACUUUUAAAGAGUGAUCACUUUGAACUGAGUCCUAAGCACGUAAUAUUUGAGUGCAAAAAGAAAAAGGAACAGAAAGACAAAGAAUACAAGUCAUUAAAACAAGUGGACCUGAAUAAACCAUUACGGUUAGCUGCUUUUGUUGAUGAAGAAGUCAUUCAGAGAGCUAUAGAGGAAUUCUUUAAAAAGAUACCUAUCCCCAGGUGUAGGCAGAGGGAGAGGCCCAGAGUCAAAACGCCCCCUAAAGAAUACCCCAUAGAAUCAAAGAGCACACAGGACUUGGACACAACUAUUCUCUCUAAGAGUCCAACAUCUUUUGAGAUGCCUCCUAGAAAAUUUGCCGGUUUCAGAAGUGAAACUGAACCGCCAUUGAAAUUGCUUCAAUUUCCUUUCGCUGACAACCACCCUAUUAGAGAUUUAGCGGAGUUUUACAAAGAUUUCUUUAAUGCUCCCCACUUGAAGUUAGCUGACGAAUUGGGCUCUAUUAAAAGCUCUGAGUCAGUUAAGGAAAAUAUUGAAAACGAUGAUUUAUCUAAAGACUUGGAACUGUAUGAGAGUUCCGUGCAAGAGUUUGACGAUCUUUUAGCUGAGAUGUGUCGUUCGGCAGAAUGGAGUGGGAACUAGGGAACAUUGGUGAUGGGUAAAGACUGAUAUUGAAUGGUUACUAUAAAGGUUUUAAUGUUAAGCCAGGUAUAAACUACUUGAUGUGAAUAACAAGGUAGCAAAAAUAAUGAGUGUGUAACAGUUGCAGUCUGCCGUAUAGAUUGUAUUAAAAGCCAUUUCAAUUCAAGAACUGCAUUUGUUUGCAUGAAAUAGAAAAAAGUUCGAGAAUAUCUAGUCUUAUUUUCUGUUUAUUUUAAUUCACUUCAAAAAUAUGGGCAAACUGCCCUGUUACACUUUUUAUGUUUUAGAAACCUUUGAAUUUCAUAUAAUGUAAUUUACUGGUAACUUUUUAUGUAAAUAAUGAAUUAUAUACCGGUUUACUGCUAUAGUAAUUAUUAUAUGAAUAUGUAAAUUAGAUUGCAGUCAUUUUGUAGUAAAUACUUGAUGUCCUAUUUUAAUUGCUGGCCAAUGUAAUUCCGUCAAAUGGUAUUUUAAUACAUAGAACUUUUCUAGCAAAAACAAGGGAUUGACAACUGAAGAUAAAUAUAUAAAAGAAAAUGAUAAUGAGUUGUACCUAAUAAGGGUGGUUUUCCACCUAUCCAAUUUCUUUGUCCAAUGUGUAUUGCGUCUUGCGUCUCACAUUUUGCUUUAAUGAGAGAGUGAGACGCACUGACAUUGGACAGGUGGAAAACCACCCUAACACACAGAAAGGUUUUGAUAUUUCAUUUUAUCAAUUGCUCUUUUUUUGCUAGAAAAAGUUAUAUAAGUAGUUAUUUUAUUAAGAAACCAUUUUUAUCAUACUUAGAUGUCGGCUAUACCAUUCGCUCCAUGUACAGUACAUAAAUUAGCGAAAUUUUGGCCUUGAAAAGCGCACCCAUAAACAUGGUGGUAUGAGGUUUUUAAUAAUAAAAAAUGCUUUUACCAGUGUUAUUACCACUUAUUUUUCUUUACUCUAAAACUUAGUGUACACAACACGUAAGAUAUCCAUAAGUUUUGUAACCCAAACGUACUUGGAUAGUUACCCAAGCAUUCAUUAGCUUUUUUUUUUGCGUGAUCCUCCUUGAGCUUUGGUGACCAACAAUAGAAUUACCUAAGUAAUAUAAAUUGCGGCAAGGUGGGUCUUUCUUCACUCAUCUUUAUAUGGGUACAAUAUCAAUUAAAAAUGAGAUGUGGGUCUGUAAUGUCUGUAUUAAGUACUUGCUUUCGUUUUGGUGUAAUUUUUUAUUAUAACAUGUGCAUACCUAAAUGAAAUAAACCAAUGGUAAUGUGAAAUGUAAUUAAUUUUGUACAAAUAGUUAAUUAUAAAUGGAAUAGGCAUGUUAUUUUAAUUUUGAUUUUGUUCAUAGAAAAUGUAAACAUUUUGCUCUUAUGCCUUAUUAAUAAAAUUCUAUUGAAA